GGAUGGAACGAAAACAGCAAAGAAAAGCGAGAGAGAACAAUAGUGGCUAUUGUAAAGAGGACUAAAAAAAAGUAAGUAAAAAUAAAAAUGGCAAAAUAAUCUGUCAGAUUGCACCAGAGACGUGAUGUGAAAUGUUGUGUUGACAAUGGAUUGUUCAGUGAAAAGUGUUCCCCAAAAAGUGCAGUAACUAUCGUUUAUAAUUUUGGUUAAACAAUCCCCUAAAGACCAGAGGUCUAGAUAAAUCGAGUGAUGUUUCGACAUCUACUUUACAUGUCAGGAUUAGGCUCUAGCUGUAAUAGAGACUGUUCUGGACGGGGCGAGUGCUGGAACGGCACUUGCAUGUGCAAUAUCAGGUUCACUGGCGAACUCUGCGACGACCCCAACUUACCUUAUCAUGCUGGUAUCGGUGGGGUCUUCUUUUUCAUCGGUUUGGUAUGUGCCAUUCAACUUAUCAUGUGCAUCAUCUCGGAAUACCAGCGGCUCAAAACACCCACAUUUUUGAAGGCAUGCAAAAUCACCACCCAGAAAAUGAUCUACUUAGUCAUCUGCCUGGCCAGUCUGAUAAGGGGAGCCUAUUUUAUUUUUCCGGAAUCAUUCGAAUAUGGGUGGUCAAGCAGUUUAUUAUCCUCGUACUAUCCGCUGUUGAUGUCCAGCGCAUCAUUGAUUGUAUGCUUUUGGGCAGAGGUGUUUCACUUGCAAGGCGUCCGCUACGAAAAGCCCCAGUUUAUAUCCAAAUCAUUCCUGGGCUUCAUGACUUUCAACAUCAUUUCUUACGGACUGUUAUUCGCCGAAUUUAUAACGACCCAAGUGGCCAAUCCUCCUGCCGGGGAUCCCAGAUUCUACAAUCAUCUGUUUAACGGUUGUUAUGCUGUACUCAUGUUCAUCGUUGUUAUAUUUUUCUUGAUUUAUGGAGUUGAAGUUUAUUUCAAGGUUAGAGGUGGAUUUGUUUCUAAGCCAUUCCAACUAGCGAAUGCGGCUCAGGAAUCUGAACCGUUGAGAACCGAGGCCGAUUUGAGGCCUCAAAUUAAUAUUUCUCAAUUGCACCAAUCGCGAAUUGGUCUACUGAGUCAGGCCCUUAUGCUAAUCGUAAUUGCUGGUUUCCUAUUUUCUGAAACCUUGAGCGAAUUUUGGAAAACUAAAGUGCCAAUUAACUCGAGAAAUUUGCACGACGUUAUCUUUAGGGUUGUCGAGAUUGGCGUUGCUAUUUGGUUCCCUGCUGUUCUUUGGAACUGCAUGCAACCGUCUGAGCUAUGGAUUUUGAACCCGAGAAAGCUACUUGCCAAAUUUGAUCAGCAAAAGAACCAGGAGACAGAGUUGUCUCAAGUUGAUGGUAAAUCUUUUACAGGUGAAGAUGACGAAGCUUUUCUUGACAAAAGGGAAUGUUGGAUUUGUUACGACGGAGACAGAAACGAGGCCUUAAUUCAGCCCUGUGAUUGCACUGGAGAUGUUUCUAGUGUACAUCAUGAGUGUCUAAGAAGAUGGUUAAUGGAAAGUAGUUCGGCCUCUAACGAACCGCUCCGCUGCAAAGUGUGCAAGUGCGAGUACGAAAUUUGCGAAAACAACGAGCUGAAAUGGGACAAGGCGUUCACGGCAAAACACUGGGGCAGUACCGCCGUCAUUGUAACAUGCAUCUGCGUCACCAUCGCAUGCGCCUGGAUAGUUAUCCAGCUAUACGAAAACUCUUACAUCCGAAUGUUGGCCGCCAGCGUUGCCCUGAUUAUAAUCUAUAUUUGCAUCAGAUUCUUGGGCCAAAACACUCUUAGUGCUUAUCAACGCGCCAAAGUGGCAGCGUUGAGUAUCAACAAUCAUGUGACGACAAUUAGUGCCAAUGUCAAUAUACUGUCUGAGGACACUAAUCAACCUACUGUUGAAGCUAAUUUGUAAAAUUGUAUAUAAAGUAAUCAUGAAUUUUUAAGUUAUUUGUAGCAUGUAGGUGUUACUCUUUAUAUUAGGAUUUAUUAACUACAUAAACAUCACAUGAUUCAAUAAUGCAACUUGAGGCAGAAAUUGAGUAUUUGAAAAAGAAAGUAUUUGCUCUAAUCGUAUCAAAUUGAAUUUGAAAUUUGUCUAUUAAGCAAAAAAAAUAGUUUGUGAUAUUUAUUUAUUAGGAAAACUGCUGUAAUAUUUUUGAUACAUUUCAAUAAUUUCUGCAUUUUCAUUAGAUAUUUGUGUGUAUGUGUGAAAAGGGGGUGGAAUGUUUUAACUUUCAGUAUUAUGAAAUAAUUUUUUUUCCCAUUGACAGCUGGAGUUUAUCUCUAGCAAUUUGACUGUUCCAAAUAAAAAAACAAUAGUCUAGUUUAGAUGAGAAAUAAUGUGUCGGGUAAGAUUUGCACGUAAAAGUGGUUAAAUUUAGUAUUAAGGAGUUUACCGCCAAAAAAAUUAAAAUUGGACGUACUUUUUUUGUUUUUCUUGUUGUUAAAAUUAGGCUAUAGGUUUAUUGAAUUUUAAAUGCUUUGUAAUUAAUGUGCUAUGUACAUUUAAAUAGACUGAAAUUAAAAAGUUGAUUCUGGAGUUGGAAUCGAAUUUUC